CACUUGACCCGCGGGGCCGCCGAGGCGGGAAUCUGUGAGUGUGCGCGGGCGCGGGGUGCCGCGGUCGGCGUUCCGCGGGCAGCCCCGGGCCGGUCCCCACCCCCGCUCUCGCCCGCCAGCCGGGAAGGAAGUUGGUGUAGGAGGAAGGGUUCCAGCCAGAGCCUUCGCUCCCACCUGGAGACUCCCGACCGCGAGACCCGCGAGUCCUCACGUCCCGCGCUCGCCUUGCGCUCCUAACCCUUGCUGGGCCUCGGGCUCUGGGUCCCUGGUGUUGAGAAAAGAAACAUUUGCAAAUAUGUCCCGGAUCGAAAAGAUGAGCAUUCUGGGCGUGCGGAGUUUUGGCAUAGAGGACAAAGAUAAGCAAAUUAUCACUUUUUUCAGUCCUCUCACAAUUUUGGUUGGACCCAAUGGGGCGGGGAAGACGACCAUUAUUGAAUGUCUGAAAUAUGUUUGUACUGGAGAUUUCCCUCCUGGAACCAAAGGAAAUACAUUUGUUCACGAUCCUAAGAUAAAGAGGCAUGGUGAAAAGGUCAGUCUCAGCAGUAAGUGUGCAGAAAUCGACCGAGAGAUGAUAAGCUCCCUUGGGGUUUCCAAGUCUGUGCUAAAUAAUGUCAUUUUCUGUCACCAAGAAGAGUCUAAUUGGCCUUUAAGUGAAGGAAAGGCUUUGAAGCAAAAAUUUGAUGAGAUUUUUUCAGCAACAAGGUACAUUAAAGCCUUGGAAACACUUCGGCAGGUGCGUCAGACACAAGCUCAAAAAGUAAAGGAAUGUCAGACAGAACUAAAAUAUUUGAAACAAAAUAAGGAAAAGGCUUGUGAAAUUCGUGAUCAGAUAACUAGUAAGGAAGCCCAGUUAACAUCAUCAAAGGAAAUUGUCAAAUCCUAUGAGAAUGAACUUGAUCCACUGAAGAAUCGUCUAAAAGAAAUUGAACAAAAUCUCUCUAAAAUAAUGAGACUUGACAAUGAAAUUAAAGCUUUGGAGAGCCGAAAGAAGCAAAUGGAGAAAGAUAAUAGUGAACUGGAACAGAAAAUGGAAAAGGUUUUUCAAGGGACUGAUGAGCAACUAAAUGAUUUAUAUCACAAUCACCAGAGAACAGUAAGGGAGAAAGAAAGGAGAUUAGUAGACUGUCAGCGUGAACUGGAAAAAUUAAAUAAAGAAUCUAGGCUUCUCAAUCAAGAAAAAUCAGAACUACUUGUUGAACAGGGUCGUCUACAGCUACAAGCAGAUCGCCAUCAAGAACAUAUCCGAGCUAGAGAUUCAUUAAUUCAGUCUUUGGCAACACAGCUGGAAUUGGAUGGCUUUGAGCGUGGCCCAUUCAGUGAAAGACAUAUUAAAAAUUUUCACAAACUUGUGAGAGAGAGGCAAGAAAGGGAAGCUGAAAUUGCCAGCCAGCUGAUGAAUGACUUUGCAGAAAAAGAGAAUAUGAAGCAAAAACAAAUAGAUGAGAUAAGGGAUAAGAAGAUUGGACUGGGAAGAAUAAUUGAGCUAAAAUCAGAAAUCCUAAAUAAGAAGGAGAAUGAGAUGAAAAAUGUAAAGUAUGAAUUACAGCAGUUGGAAGGAUCUUCAGACAGGAUUCUUGAACUGGACCGGGAACUCACAAAAGCUGAACAUGAGCUAAGUAAAGCUGAGAAAAACAGCAGUGUAGAAACUCUAAAAACGGAAGUAAUAAGCCUUCAAAAUGAGAAAGCAGACCUAGACAGGACCCUGCGUAAAUUGGACCAGGAGAUGGAACAAUUAAACCAUCAUACAACAGCACGCACCCAGAUGGAGAUGCUGACCAAAGAUAAAGCUGACAAAGAUGAACAAAUCAGAAAAAUAAAAUCCAGGCACAGUGAUGAAUUAACUUCAUUGUUAGGGUAUUUUCCCAACAAAAAACAGCUUGAAGACUGGCUUCAUAGUAAAUCAAAAGAAAUUAAUCAUACCAGGGACAGACUUGCCAAACUGAACAAGGAACUAGCUUCAGCUGAGCAAAAUAAAAAUCAUAUAAAUAAUGAGCUAAAAAGGAAGGAAGAGCAGUUGUCCAGUUAUGAAGACAAACUGUUUGAUGUUUGUGGUAGCCAAGAUUUUGAAAGUGAUUUAGACAGGCUUAAAGAAGAAAUUGAAAAAUCCUCAAAACAACGAGCCAUGCUCGCUGGAGCCACAGCAGUUUAUUCCCAGUUCAUUACUCAGCUAACAGAUGAAAACCAGUCAUGUUGCCCCGUCUGUCAGAGAGUUUUUCAGACAGAAGCUGAAUUACAAGAAGUCAUCAGUGAUUUGCAGUCGAAAUUGCGGCUUGCUCCUGAUAAACUCAAGUCAACAGAAUCAGAGCUAAAGAAAAAAGAAAAGCGGCGUGAUGAAAUGCUGGGCCUUGUGCCCAUGAGGCAAAACAUAGUUGAUUUGAAGGAGAAGGAAAUACCAGAAUUACGGAACAAACUGCAGAAUGUCAAUAGAGAGAUACAGCACCUCAAGAAUGAUAUAGAAGAACAGGACACACUCUUGGGUACGAUAAUGCCUGAAGAGGAAAGUGCUAAAGCGUGUCUGACAGAUGUUACAAUUAUGGAGAGGUUCCAGAUGGAACUUAAAGAUGUUGAAAGAAAAAUUGCACAACAAGCAGCUAAGCUACAAGGACUAGACUUGGAUAGAACUGUUCAACAAGUAAACCAAGAAAAACAAGAAAAACAACACAAAUUAGAUACAGUUUCCAGUAAAAUUGAAUUGAAUCGUAAGCUUAUACAGGACCAGCAGGAAGAGAUUCAACACCUAAAAAGUACAACAAAUGAACUUAAAUCAGAGAAAUUUCAGAUAUCUACUAAUUUACAACGUCGUCAGCAACUGGAGGAGCAGACUGUGGAAUUAUCCACUGAAGUUCAAUCCUUAAGCAGAGAGAUAAACGAUGCUAAAGAGCAGGUCAGCCCUUUGGAAACAACAUUUAAAAAGUUCCAGCAGGAAAAAGAAGAAUUAAUCAACAAAAAAAAUACAAACAGCAAAAUAGCACAUGAUAAAAUCAGUGAUAUCAAAGAGAAGGUUAAAAAUAUUCAUGGUUAUGUGAAAGACAUUGAGAAUUAUAUUCAAGAUGGGAAAGAUGAUUAUAAGAAGCAAAAAGAAACUGAACUUAAUAAAGUAAUGGUUCAACUAAGUGAAUGCGAGAAACACAAAGAAAAGAUAAAUAAAGAAAUGGGAAUCAUGAGACAAGAUAUUGAUACACAGAAGAUACAAGAAAGAUGGUUACAGGAUAACCUUACUUUAAGAAAAAGAAACGAGGAACUAAAAGAAGUUGAAGAAGAAAGAAAACAACAUUUGAAGGAAAUGGGUCAAAUGCAGGUUUUACAAAUGAAAAAUGAACAUCAGAAGUUGGAAGAAAAAAUAGAAAAUAUGAAAAGAAAUCAUAGUUUGGCAAUAGGGCGACAGAAAGGUUAUGAGGAAGAAAUUCUUCAUUUUAAGAAAGAACUUCGAGAACCUCAAUUUCGGGAUGCUGAGGAAAAGUAUAGGGAAAUGAUGAUUGUUAUGAGAACAACAGAGCUUGUGAACAAGGAUCUGGACAUCUAUUACAAGACCCUUGACCAAGCAAUAAUGAAAUUCCACAGUAUGAAAAUGGAAGAAAUCAACAAAAUCAUUCGUGACCUUUGGCGAAGUACCUAUCGUGGACAAGAUAUUGAAUACAUAGAAAUUCGGUCUGAUGCUGAUGAAAAUGUAUCCGCCUCUGAUAAAAGGCGGAAUUACAACUACCGAGUGGUGAUGCUAAAGGGAGACACAGCCUUGGAUAUGCGAGGACGAUGCAGUGCCGGACAAAAGGUGUUAGCCUCCCUCAUCAUCCGCCUGGCCCUGGCCGAGACGUUCUGCUUGAACUGUGGCAUCCUUGCUCUGGAUGAGCCAACAACGAAUCUUGACCGAGAAAACAUUGAGUCUCUUGCACAUGCUCUCGUUGAGAUAAUAAAAAGUCGCUCACAGCAGCGUAACUUCCAGCUUCUGGUAAUCACUCAUGAUGAAGAUUUUGUGGAACUCUUAGGGCGUUCUGAAUAUGUGGAGAAAUUCUACAGAAUUAAGAAGAACUUUGAUCAGUGCUCAGAAAUCGUGAAAUGCAGUGUUAGCUCCCUCGGAUCUUAUGUCCAUUAAAAAUUGUCAAGAUUUAAAUGUCUUAAAAACACACUUCCUUGGGCAACUGCUUAUUUCUGGUGCCAGCUGAAUCAAUAAAAAAAUAUAUUCUAUCAAAGGA